AUGCACGCACAUACAUACCCAUCUGUGAUACCAACGAUGAAUUUAAAUCCCAACAGCACCAAUACAACCAAAAACCACUCUUGCGAACCGCCAUCAGUCUUGCGUCAUACUUUGUCGGCAGUGCCAGUGCCGCAUCUUAAUCAAAAUGUGGUGCUUUCAAUACCCAGCUCUUUGCAAGACAGCACAUCUACUCCCACGUCAGUUACCGAACACAGCUUUCCUGACCGCUCUCAAACCCCAAAUACCACUGAAUGUUCAUUCUCUCAGCCAGAGUGCAUCUCCUCACCCUUGUCUACCAAUACAGCAUUAGAAACACCACGCGUCGAGCGUGUACCAUUUCCAUCAGCGAGCUACACUGAAAUCACUGUUGCCAACCCGAUCGCCUUUACUACUCAACCAAUAGAUCCAAACUUGGAGUAUUGUCAGUCCCAACCCUUGAGUUCUAGUGGCUUCUCUUUCCAAAGCACAUCGCGAUUUGCUACGUUUGAGGAAAUGUCCACACAUUUAUCAAAUACAGAGUCAUUGCUGACAACCCUCACUGAAGAAAACCGAAUCAUGCAUACUAAAGUAAAUCGGCUGCAAUCCAUUAUAGACUUUCAGCAGUGUCAAAUAUCUUGUCAAACUGCUACAAUUGAUGCUCAAAUGGAUUUGGCCGAACAGCGUCAAGCAUGCAAAAUUGAGCAGUUGCCUGACAUAUGUGAUCAGCAAUGGGUGAAUGAUGUAUUUGAAGAUGAAAUGCAUCAGGCGGAGCUAAAGAUUAAAGAAUCAAUGAAGACGCUUUUAUUUCUUGAAAAUGGAAUCCAGGAAAUUGAUGAUGCCACUAAAGCCAUCACUCAACCUCCUUUGCUCAGUAAACAAGACUAUUCUCUACAACACAACUACUCUUCACCAGAAACAACAGAAGAAAUCACUGGAAUGGCUAUGAAAAUUGGGCAGCUUCAGCAGCGACUCAAUGUUGCCAACAAGUUUAUAAAAGGUGGUCGUCUUCGAAAACAAAUUGAUAUGCUAAAGCAAGUCAUUACAUGCUCUCACAAGGCUGUUCAAGUGCGAGAUCAACUCAUUUGCAUUUUGAAAAAACGGUUAGGACUGCCUCAUUCUGUUUCAUUUGAUGCUCGUAUACCAGAAAAUCACAAUUUAGCACAUUUAAAUGUGGCUAAUGAAUCAGAGACAAUGUAUAUGCAUGCAUCUGUAGAUGGCGGGUCGAGUUUAUCGACGCGUCCUGCUUCAAAUCCAUCGAGUAUUCCUGCUCAUGUUGGAGGACCAUCAAAUACACUAAACACUGGUCAGUCAGGCUCCAUGUUUACCACUGAAUCAUCCAAUAUAUCAAAUGAAUGGCAGGGGAAAAAACAAGAUCAUACAGUAGCGUCAUCCACAGAUGGAGUCAAAUUGUGGCCAUUUCUGGAAAAGGUGACCAUCGUAGCAGCUUCAAGCCACUCUGCAUCAAGACAGCCCAUUCACCUGAGACUUGGGAACAGUUUGAGAAAACUCAUGAUCAAAACUGAUCCGCCAAGAAACCAGCAGAUUGAUAUCAAAGCUCAAAGAAAGAUUUUUAGAGAUGAUACCAAAGUAAAUCUUGAAAGGGGAAGUUUGGGCAUUAGCGCAGAUACCAUGCCAGUCAUCCAAAUUACUCCCGUAUCUACAAUUGUACAGAUAAAAAGAAGUCAAUCGCUUGGUGGGACUCCACAUCAAUCGAUUUCUCAGACUCUACAUAUUAAAGCUAAUUCUGCUCAGCAAAGACCAUUUACUGCAUCUGAUUCCAUCAAAGAAACCACACAACUCUCCAACCCUCAGCAGCGUAUAGCAUCUCUCUGGUCUACAGGUUUUCAUAACCCAACAAGAAGAUUCUCAAUUCCAUCAGGGUUUCUCAGUAAUGUCAGGCGAUCAUCUGUGCCCAAUACAAGCGUGUCGGGUAAACCAGGCAUCAUGCACCAUUUGUUCAAGGAGCAUCGAGUGCGUGCAUCUGAUGAGCCAAGUCAUGGAACUCAUAUUGGCGAUGGAAGUUUACAGAAAGUAGUGUAUGGCGGAGAUGUUAGUGUAUCUACUACAAUCAAAAUUCAUUCCAGCUUGUCUUUGCCUCAUCUUUCUUCACAGCACGAUCCUACGCCUAAUACACGAGGACAAAAAGGAUGA